AUGUCCUCGUCCUCGUCGUCGUCGUCGUCGCCAAAACAGUUCGCCACGACGUCGACCAACAGCAGCAGCCAACCUCCACCGACAGCAGCAGCAUCAGGAGGCGGAGGAGGAGGAGGAGGACCAUCAGGGCCAUCAUCCGGAAGCACCGCGAAGGGAGGGGGUGGAGGUUCGCGACGACGGUCCCGCAGCCAAGUGCCGAACAGCACCGCUACCGCCGCCGCCAACACCACCUGUGCUAGCCGGCGUAGCAGCAAAACGGAUUACGCGCGACGCCGGAGUCCUCCCUCGUCCGCCACAGACGAAUCGUCCUCGUCGCUACUGCUGUCGGUGUCUGCCGGGGGUCGCACGGCUGCGGGAGACGGGAGUGCCGCCAUUGACCGGGAGCGUGAAAGCGGAGGAGGAGGCGGCGCCGGAGGAGUCGUCAUAUGA